CACGCUCAUUUCACGCGGCUGGGCGCCCAUCAGAAAACACAGAAGAUGGUGGCGGCGGCAGACUGCGAUAUCCGCCGCGCCCGUAUAGGAUAGGGGUCCACUACCUUCAAGCAAGACAUAGACCUGCAACACGCAAAUAUUGCUCUGAUUAGGAAAAAUGACAUAUUUUCUUAACCCGGACCGUGCACGGAAUGAAAACAAGUAGCGACUUAUAUUUUGUCAUUCAAAGUAUGCAAUUUAUUGCGUUUGUAUGCUGUAUUUUAAAAUCUUAAAUUGAGAGAGAUCCUGACUGAAAAGCACCGUUUCGAGCAGCGGACUGUGUCCUGGAAGACGCGCGCAGCAGAGAAACUGUUUUAAUUAGCUAUUCUCUCCUUUGGCUUUUCGACGUCUGACAUUUCCAGAGGGACCAAGCUGCUGUGGGUAAACUUUACUUCCUUGGACAACACGGGCCGGACCCUAGUUUAUUUUUUUGAAGAUUGCUCCUGCGACCAGGAGCAGUCAUGAUGUGGAUACUUGGAUUUCCAAUAGGGGCUAUUUGAAUGCUUGUUGAUACCAAAGCUUUGAGAAUGGAGCGUAAUCAUAGGUGAGCGUGUUUACUGGUAUCUGCUACAGAAUUUUACGCCCCUGAGGGUCUAAAUUGCGAUUCUGGUGUCGUGGUGAGCAACUGGAAAGUGAGAAAAUGAAAAUGUCCAGUCAUAGGUCAUACACCCACCCUGUUUGACAGAAGAAGUUUCAGUUUGGAAAACAGACUUAAAUCUCAUUUACAGUGGACAUAUUUUAUUGGCUGACAUUGGCAUCUUUGAACCAACAGACGAUUUCCAAUGCUGGCUUUAUGCAAUGUCUAACAAUGAGUGGAACCAUUGGCGUGCAACUGAGUGGUUUUGGACAGAGACCGAGCAGACACAGACUGAACUUUACCAUCUCAAGUGCGUCAAAACAGCCAAGAACCUAAAAGAAUGCAGGACUGACGUCAUCUGAGGCAGUAAUGAACAAGUCACAUUUUUGGAAAUUACCUCAGCCACACCAUAAUAACUACUGUUAAGUUUUUUUUUAUUAUUACACUGUGUUUUUUCUUUACUCUCCCUUUAAGAGAAAAAACUGUCAAUUGAAGUCAAUAUGGCUUCCCCCCAACAUCAGCAGCUGCUGCCUCACAACACAGAAGUGUGUUGUGACUCGAGUGGAGAUGGAGGAGUCUCAGUGCGAAUUGGCAGCAGUAUCAGACACAAGCACGGAGGCGGGCCGCUGGGCUCCUUUGCAGGGGGCUUUAUGGGGGGGUCCAAACACUGUAAAUACAGCAUCUCCUCUAGCUGCAGCUCGGGGGAGUCUGGGGCCAGGAGACCUGCAGCCAAGAACUUUCGUGUGCCGAAGAAAAUGCCUCAGCUUUUCGAGAGAUCUGCGGGACAAUUCUGGAACCCUAAAUUUGACUCCUCUAUCCUGGAGGAGGCCUGUCGUGAGCGGUGCUUCCCUCAGACCAAAAGGAGAUUCCGUUAUGUGCUUUUUUACCUGGUGUCUGCCACUGUCCUCUGGGGAGUGUACUUUGCUGUUCAGCCAUCACGCUGUGAUAGAAAAACCUUUCUCCUUCCUACUGUAUCAUUUCUCGUUUUCUGCCUGCUCCUUUUCCUCCUAACAUUCACUAAGCGCUAUAAUCACUACUACAAUCAGGCCUCUCUUCUACUCAUUUUUGUCACGUUCAUCCUCACCUUGGUGCCGCAGAUUCAGACAGCAGGUUUCAGGGACCCAGAAACUUCCACUGGCACAUUAGAACAAGAUGAACAAAGUGGUAUGGGCCCUGUGUACAAUGUGUCAUAUGAAAAGCAGUUAGGGGAGGACAGCUGGUCACCUUGCCUCUCUCCUGUUGGUACAUUUUCACUGUGCAUUGAAGUGCUCCUUCUGCUCUACAGCGUUCUCCAUGUCCGCCUUUAUGCCUCUCUCAUGCUGGGCUUACUCUACUCUGUUAUGUUUGAGAGUUUGGGUUGGUUGCACCUCACCCAAACAGGGGAGUCCUGGAGUUUGUCCUCUUCUUCAGACUGGGACACUUUACGAUGGUUAGGACCUGCCAAAGUCCUGCUCCAUCUCUGUGCUCAUGCAAUAGGCAUCCAUCUGUUCAUCAUGUCAGAAGUGCGUUCACGCAGCACAUUCCUCAAGGUGGGACAGGCAAUCAUGCAUGGGAAAGAUCUGGAGGUAGAGAAAGCCUUAAAGGAGAGGAUGAUCCACUCUGUUAUGCCCAGGAUUGUGGCUGAUGAACUAAUGAAACAAGGCGACGAAGAAAUUGGUGACCAUUCAGUCAAACGGUACUCUACCAGUGGUGCAGCAGCAGCUCUAUCAAGUCCAAAGAACUACAAACACAAAAAGACCUCUAUCCCCCGUGGUCAAAUCAUAUUCAGGCCUUUUAACAUGAAACGAAUGGAACCUGUCAGUAUUCUUUUUGCGGAUAUUGUUGGCUUUACCAAAAUGUCUGCCAACAAGUCUGCACAUGCCCUUGUGGGACUAUUAAAUGACUUAUUUGGGCGUUUCGAUCGGCUUUGCGAACUGACUGGCUGUGAAAAGAUAAGUACUCUGGGGGACUGUUACUACUGUGUAGCUGGGUGCCCUGAGCCCAGGCCAGAUCAUGCCUAUUGUUGUGUGGAAAUGGGGCUUGGCAUGAUUCAAGCCAUUGAGCAAUUUUGCCAAGAAAAGAAGGAGAUGGUUAACAUGAGGGUGGGCGUUCACACAGGAACUGUUCUGUGUGGUAUUCUCGGCAUGAAACGCUUCAAGUUUGAUGUUUGGUCCAAUGACGUUAAUUUGGCCAAUCUGAUGGAGCAACUGGGUGUAGCUGGGAAAGUUCACCUGUCUCAAGCCACUGCAAACUUCCUGGAUGAUCGCUAUCAGUGCGAAGAUGGGCAUGUCAUAGAGAGGCUGGGUCAAAGUGUGGUGGCAGAUCAGCUUAAAGGAUUGAAAACCUUCCUGAUUUCUGGCAGAAAGGUGGAGCUUCUAUCUCAGUGCAGCUGCACACAGUUGGGGUCUGUGGGGUCAGAACAUUUGGACCAAAGAGUGCACUCCCCUGACAGUGUCCAUAGCUCCUCUCACAGUGUUAAGUCCCCCUGUUUGUCUUGUGGUGUCACCUUGAUCCCUGGAGAAAGUCAGGUUUCAGAAGAAGUACUGGUUCACAACUGUCAUGAUGACCUCAAGGCUAACAGCAUCAAGGACUCUUCUAGUCUGGAGUGUCCACCUCUGGUUUCUAUGGGAAUGGGCCCUAAGGCUCUAAAUGGUCUGCUGAGUCCUCGCCUGGAGGCUUUGAACAACAGCCAAACAUCUCUAUGUGAGAUGUUACAGGAGAAGGAGAAGAAGACGUGGGGCGGUGGGGCGAUGGGUAUGGACCACUCUGCACUCAUCCCUCUGCGCUCUAAGAACUUUAGAGAGAGGAGCGAUGCCCACUUUGUGGAUGUUAUCAAAGAGGACAGUCUCAUGAAGGACUAUUUUUACAAACCUCCCAUAAACAAACUGAGCCUCACCUUCCUGGAACAGAGCCUGGAGUCUACUUACCGGAUAAGCUACCAGGAGGAGGUGGACACCCAGACAACAGUACAGACCUUUGCCACGCCGACUUUCAGCUCAUUCUUGGACAUGCUACUGUGUUGCUUGGUGUUCUUUGCACUCUCUUUAGCGUGUUUCUUUGAACCCAUCAUCACCCAGCAGAGUUUGCCCAUAUCACCUCUUACUAUUACAGCUGUGGCUGCCCUCCUAGAAGUGCUGGCAUUGCUAUUUGCCAUACGUAUGGCCUUCUAUGUGGAAAGAGCCCUGCCCUGCACAAAAGCCCUGAUGAGGGUCAUAUCAGGGUGGAUACCCCGUCACUUAGCAGGGGCUGUACUGGUGUCUCUACCUGCUGUGGCUGUCUUUUCAAAUGUUACCUGUGAAAUGCAUAAGUCAAUCCAGUUCACCAUGUUUAUCUGCUAUGCUGUCAUCAUAGCCAUCAUUCAGUAUUGUAACUUUUGCCAACUCUGCUACUGGAUGCGAUCAAGUUUGGCAACAUUAGUUGGUCUGGCACUACUUGGUCUGCUCUUUAUUUCACCAUGCCGGGUCUCUAAACAUCUUGGAAAUGCAAUAUGGUCACAAGGCUACCUCAAUGACAGCAACAGCAGUCUGGUGAUGUCAGAAGGGCCAGGAGAUGCAGAUGUGCAGCUAGACUCCCACAAGCUGCUUGGACCUGAGGCCUGUGUGGCAUUUUUCCUGCUCCUCCUCUUGGUCUGGUUCCUCAAUCGUGAAUUUGAGGUCAGUUAUCGUCUGCAUUAUCAUGGAAACGUAGAGGCUGACCAACACCGGAUCAAAAUUCAGAACAUGAGGGAUCAGGCUGACUGGCUGCUACGUAACAUCAUUCCCAUUCAUGUGGCAGAGCAACUAAAGGUUACACAAAGCUAUUCUAAAAACCAUGACAAUGUUGGUGUAAUUUUUGCAAGUAUUGUUAACUUCAGUGAGUUUUAUGAAGAAAGCUAUGAAGGAGGAAAGGAGUGCUACCGUGUCCUCAAUGAGCUCAUUGGAGACUUUGAUGAGCUCUUAAGAAGACCUGCUUUUUCAAACAUUGAAAAAAUCAAGACCAUUGGAGCUACAUAUAUGGCAGCCUCUGGGCUGAAUACACAGCAGUGUGCAGAUGCCGCUCACCCUCACGCACACCUCCGAGCUCUGUUUGAAUUUGCUCUGGAAAUGAUGCAGGUGGUGGAUGACUUUAACAAAAACAUGCUGGGCUUUGGCUUCAAGCUUCGCAUUGGAUUCAAUCAUGGCCCUCUAACAGCCGGUGUGAUUGGCACCACCAAGCUUCUUUAUGACAUCUGGGGGGAUACAGUCAACAUUGCCAGUCGCAUGGACACCACAGGGGUGGAGUGUCGCGUACAGGUCAGUGAGGAGAGCUUCUGUGUGCUCAGUAGCAUGGAUUAUGAGUUUGACUACAGGGGCACAGUAAAUGUUAAAGGGAAAGGUCAAAUGAAGACCUUCCUUUACCCUAAAAGCAGUGACAGUGGUCCUGUGCCCCAAUAUCAACUGUCUGUAUCCCCAGAGAUCAGGGCACAAGUGGACGGUAGCAUUGGACGAUCUCCUACAGAUGAAAUUGCCAGCAUGGUGCCCAAUUCUAACGUAAAUACAUGCAGCACUACUACUAUGGUUCCCAGUGCUAGUGCAGGCUCUUCAGCCACUACAGGGCUUUCUCUCGUGAAAGAUUUAGGACAUCGGGCUACAGGUGAAAAGAGAACAUCUCCAGAGGUGUCUUUUACCAGGAGGUCUGUCUCUCACAGUGGUCUAACAUCUGUAAUCAACGUGGUGGAGCCAUCUAUGUCUGAAACUGUUAAGCAGCACUUCAUUACAUCUGCUUCACAAACUUCAGCCAGCCAUCCUUCUUCAAAAGACACCAAAAAGGUUGACAAUGAACAUACAACUAAAACGUUAACUAGACUAUAAUAUUGCCUUCCUCAUUAUGCCUCUACCCUUUAAUAUUUACAUACACUGCAGGUUUAUUUGUCAAUAUUUUUAAGAACUGAUGUGUUUGCUGUGUCAGGAAGCUUUAUGACAUUUUUGACUAGCAGUAACACGAAAAAGAUGGUUUCAGAUGUAGUAUAUAAUUCUUGACCUUCUUUUGCCUGCUAUACAGAUCUCAAUGUCUUGCAUUAAUCAAAUAAUCCUAAUCCCUUUGAAUAGUAUUAAUACUUUUGUAUGCAUUUUAAGUGCCUUAGAUUAAUAGUUCAAUGUGUAGAUUUAAGCCUUUUUAAAACAAUGACUAAAGGGAAACAUUUUGCUAAACAUUUUAUUUCUGUUUUACUUUUACAGUAUAUGCUAUAUGUCUUUUGCUAUACAUCACUGCAAUUUCUGAAAGGUGACCUUUCGUAUAAAAAGUGCUAACAUUUGCUCAGAAUUUCAAAGAGAAUUUAGUUUCUCUGCUAUGGGAAAUUAUUUCUGAUUUUUAAAAUCAGAGAUAAAUCAGAAUAGAAUUAAGUAGUGCAGGUAAACUAGAAGUGUGCAUGCUAACUGUGUUUGCUCAGUUUGCUGCAGCAGAAUGAUCUGGUGUUAAACUUGGAGACUACCUAACCUACUUGACUGAAAUAAUAACUCAGCAAUCAGUCAAAGAAAAAAGAAAAAUGUGCUUUCUGGUACAUGAGCUUUAUGUCUUGAUUUAUAUAGCCUCACAAAGAAGCAGGGCUUGGCCACAGUUUGAGCUGUAGUUUUGUAUUUGUGUGCAUAUUUCUAAUUUCACAGCACACAUGCAGAGAAUCCCAUGUUAUUUCUGAUUCCACCCUAUAUGUGUCAUAUGAGUUAUCAAAGGAUUGUGUGUUCACUAGCAAAAUAUCAUUAUGUGCAUUAUAUAUUCAACCAAAAUGUAGGUAUUAUGGACAGCACUCAUGGACAGCAAUGUAAACAUCUCCAAAUGCACUGUAAAAAGCAGUUUUAGCUUGUGCCUUUCAUUGUCUAGGCUUUUAAUUGAAUUGCAGAUAUAUGAUUAAAUAAAUCAGUGCCUUGAUAAAACAACAUUAUAAACUAUCCAUGUAUUACGGCCUUAUGUUUUCUGAUUUUAUUCAGUAUUGAAUGAAUGCUAUGACAUGCUCUUUUUUGUUCUUCGCUUAUGAUCACACAAUCCUUCUACUAACAAUAUUGCAAAGCAUUGUAUUGUGGUGUGUUGUGAGGAGUCUGAGGUAAUAACAAUAUGCAGUGGGCCUACUAUUUACAGCAAGCAUCUUUACUAUCAGCUAAAGCACACAGGCUGCAUUUGUUUUGCUCAUUCAUUGUUUUAAGGAUUAAUGAUCCACAUUGUGUACAAAAGUUCAUCUGAUGAUAAUUUAGGAUGUGUGUAAGUUGUGUACACAAUUUUUAUUGUAUUUAUUUUUGUUUAACUGUCCCUGAACCAGAGCAAUUGCACAAUUGAUGCAUUUGAUGCCAAAGAGUGCAAUAUCAUGGAUUUAUGCUGUUCUGAUUAGUUCAAGUAACAUUUUCAUUUUACAGUUACAAGACUAUUGCACAAAGCACUCACUUUAUUAGACUUACCUUUGUAUUGUGUCGUACUUGAGUAGCCUUUUUUUUUUUUUUUUUUGUAAAUGCAUGAAUUAUAGUGUUCUGUAUUGUUGGUGUUUUGCAUGUGUGUAAAUGUAUGUAUGAUUGUUGAAUUGUGAGAAUGUAUUUAGAAAGAAUGUUUGUACCAUUUCAACAAAUGUGAUGUUAUUCAUUUUGACAAAUUUUACACUCUUAAAAUUACAUAGAACUGUAGAAAUACUCAAAUCUGAUCACUCUACUGUCUGUUGCCUAAUAAUUAAACAAGGCAAGAAUAUCUGGAUUUUGUCCAGAUGUUAUUAUUUGCUAAAGCCAUAUUUUUAAUAAAUUGGUGAAAUUUGCUGUCAUUAAAAUGUUUGAAUAUUGCACGUUAAGUGUGGAAAUGAAGGGUAAAUUAAAUAAACUUAGC